AUGAAUAUUGGUGUUGAAUUGUAUAAUGCAUUAAACAACUAUAAUGAACCAAAAUAUAAAUAUGUUGGAAAAAAUAUACAAAAUAAAACUUGUUUUUUAAAUCAUAAGACUAAUAAAGAAACUUUUAAGAAUUUAUAUCGAACACUCAUGAACUAUUUAAUUAGUAAUAAUAAUGCAUCAUCAUAUAAAAAUAAAAUAUCGUAG